AUGUUGCCAGACGCACACUCGACGCCCGAUGCAGGCGACGCACCCCGCCCCUUCGCAGGCCAUGCAGGAAAGAUCACUGCUAUCGAGUACUCUCCUGACGGCCGACACAUCGCAACUGCAUCCAAGGAUGCUACUGUGCGCCUCUGGGAUCCUUUGACAGGUCAGGAGCUCCAGAAGCUCGACACGACUUACCGAGCGGAAGACAGCGUGCAGUGGUUCCCCGACGGACGUCACUUCAUCAGUAGCAGCAUGUGCGACGACUACAUCCGUACCUGGGACACUGAAACGGGAGAGCAAGUCCGCGAGUACUUCUUCCGUGGCGGCUCAUGCAUUGCUCUGUCACCCGAUGGCACGUUGCUAGCAGCUGGUUCUGCCUGCUACUCUGGGUCCGUCAUAUUCUUCAACACUAAGACGGGUGAUGAGCAUGUGCAUUCUCUUGAUGGCCCCAGUCGGGCGUGUCGCAGAGUGCUGUUUUCGCCCAAUGGUUCAACACUCGCCAUUGUACUUGACGAUGCGUACGAGAAGAACCUUUGUAUCGUUUUCAAUGUUCUCGGUGAUUGCAAGACGGUAUUUGUGCAGCACACAUCCAAAGUCCUGGAUGUUGCGUUCUCACCAAACGGAGAGCAGUUUUCAUACACCACUACAGAUGACGACAUCCCUAUCUGCAGUACUUCGUCG